GUGUCUUCUGCUGACCUGCUGGGGAUAUAAGAAGCGCAGAGUUCACUGUUUCAGGCUUCUGGGUUCUCACUGAGCCUCACAUGCCACACUGGCUGCUAAAACUGGUGAUCUUCCAGAGCGCGUCGGGGAGACACUGGGAAGAGGGUCACGGACAUAGAGCUUUGUUCAUCCACCUACACACUUAGGUCACUUACGUCCUUUACACUAUUUAUUUAUUUAUUUUUACUGCUUUGGAAAUAAAUCAUAGUACAAGCAAUCAUGAAUCAAAACUAUUUUCACACAUCUUUGAAUCUGGACCAAACCCUAUAAUCUGGCCUUUCACAUAUGUUUCCUGCAUAUAAAGAACUUAGAAAUGGUAGCCAUUAUUUAUUUUUACCUGAUCUAUCAAGAAUUUUACUCCUUCCUCUCUAUAUCAUUCUGGACAAAGCACUAGCCCAGGCUGCCUUGUAAUAGAGCCAUUUAGGUAUGGGUGUGGGGUCCUUUACCAAACUGUGAUUUCCCUUAAGAGAGGUCCUGCUGUAACUAUACGCUGUACCCCCAAAGGACUUGCCUUGCAUAUAGGAAGCCGCUCUGUACGUGGUUGAUACACUGAAACUCCGGAUUUAGGAAGAACAUGAUAGGGAGUAAAAUGGCCAGCGGCCCCUCAUGCUGAUAGCCCUGAGCAGAUCGCUUUACAAUCUCUGUUAGCAUCAUCCAUGGAGAAUCACAGUACUUCGGCAUCCCAGAGAUGUCAUGAAUAUUAAAUGAAAUAGCAGGAGAAGGUGCCUGACACCAAAAAUGCUCCUUUCAAAAUGUUAAUGUGCUUCCUGCCUUUUCCUAAAAUGUUCUUCACCUUUCAAAAAGGAGGUCAAAUAAAAUCAGUUUUCCCUCUUUCUCUAGAAGGAAAUUAGAACUGUAUCAGCUGCUUCCUGGACGUUUCUGCAGAGGAAGUUAAGGGAAAAUACGCAGAGAACUGGCGGAAAUCAGGUCACGCUACAAAUCAGAAUGCUAUAGCUGCAGAAAUGCACGGAAAAAUUGUAACCUUAGGCUCGGAAAUGCACAGGACAUCCAGAGACCACCUAGAUUUGUUAGAAACGCGUGUGUGGUCAAGCUUCCAGCAGUCCAUUCUUCUUGAUCCUUGAUCAACAGACAGUUGCGUUUCCCUAAAUGGUCUCUCUUAGGACUCUGAGAGAUGGUCAAUAGUUGUACUUCCCCGCGCACCGGCACUGCUCUGAAACGCACCAGGCAUCGUGCUGGGAGCUGUGGAACAAAAGAGAGGUGCUGCGACCGAGGUUUGCAUUCCGGCCCUCGACCCCAGUACCGCCCAGUUCCACAGACAGGGCUGCCCAGGGAGGGUGAAGAGGAAGAGGAGCCCCAGGCAGAACCAAGAAACGAGAAAGCGCCGCCACUACCGAUUUUUAAAACCUGGAGCCCGGUCUCCCGUUCAAAUCCUUCAAAGGUGGGAAUGGACGUGCGUUGUUACAAGUCCAUUCUCCUCCACACCAGGGCGAACAUGCGUGGGAGCUGAGUCAGAACCUCUGGCCUGGGGGCUAGGACCGCCGCGGAGCGGGGCGGGACGGGCGCCGGUGACGCGAGGAGGCCGCGGGCGGCGGGUAGUGGGCGGCCAGGGACGCGCGCUGGUACCGCGCCGCAGCAGCCCACGUGUGCGCGAGAUUUAAAAGUUGGCGGCGCGCGGGGCGGUCAGUUCGUGGCGGGGCCCCACAAGCUGCACGCCGGGGACGCCGAAGCACGGCCAGGGCUCGCGGCGGAGCAGCGCAGGGUUCCCAGCAGCUAGUGGUCCGCGGGCGCCGUGAUGCCGCGGGCAGCGAGCCGCCGCCCCGGGUCUCCCCCCGGACUGGUGUCCGCGUGGUCCCCGCUCCUGCUGCUGCUGCUGGUCUGCUGUGCGGACGCCGGCCGAGGUGCUCUGAUAUUACCUCAAGAAUUAUGGCCUGAACAAGAAGAACUACAGUUGUGGAAUGAGAUAGAUGACGCUUGUUCACCCUUUCUGUUGGUUGAUUACCAGCCUCAGGCAUCCAAGGUACUGGAGGAGCUUUGCUUUGCGCUUUUGGGGACUCUACCAAAGCCUCGGGAACAAGGUAGAAAAGAUAAUACCAAAAGGUUCUUAUUUCAUUAUUCGAAGACACGGAAGUUUGGCAAUUCAAAUGUUGUGUCGUCGGUGGUGCACCCUCUGCUGCAGCUUGUGCCGCAACUGAACGCGAGAAGAAUGAAGAGGCUCCGAGCGAACGAAAAAUUCCAAAGUCCUUUUGCAGGUCGAAGUCGAGGAUAUUUUUUAUUCAGGCCACGUAAUGGAAGAAGGUCAGCAGGUUUAAUUUAAAAUGGUUGCCAACUAAUUUUCCACAGAAGCAAUGCUAUAGAUUAUAAAAUGUAAUGACAUUUUGUUUGCUUCUCAAAAACCAUCUUUGGCCAAGUUUACUGUAUUGAAAAUCCCUGUGUUGAAAACAUUCUCAAUAAAAUUGAGAUUGUAAAUGUUUAAUUUGUUGAAAAUUAAAAAAGGCAUCUUAAAAUAUU